GGGCUUUACCGGUUCAGCCUGUGAGGCUUUUAUUCCCGAUGAAAGGAUGGAAGGUGUUGGAAGUCUGUGCUCUGGCGUUCAUGUCCUUUCACUGGUCUUCCCACCCAUUCACCGACACUCCCCUCCUGGGAGUAUUUCAAGGCCACCCGGGCUGGUUUUCGUCUUUCCUCUUCCGUUACCGCUUCAAAGUCAAGCCCAAUUUCUGUCGUCGCUUUCCACCUCCGUGGUCAGAAGGACACAGUCGACUCUCAACUUCAGCUCAACUUCACUUUCAAGCCGUAACAUCAUUGUUUGCGAAGUUCUUGUCCCCUGACCGAACCUUCACCCGUCACCCAUCACCAACAUGGACAACGACAUCCACGACCCCGGCGACGAUGCCAUAAGCCGCAUUCCCAUCCCACACCUCCAAGAGGACCUCAGCAACUACGACGCCUGGCAACACGCGUUAUACUUCCACCUCCGCUACCACGGACUCUUCUACUUCCUUCUCGGCCACGAACAAAGCCGCUGGGAGUUGCGCAUGAACGACGACGACAAUGCGGCCCCCACCAACCACGACAGAGUCAACUACCGCCGCCGAAGCAUGCAUGCGUACUCGAUCCUGUUCUCCAGAAUCGGUAACAUCGUCCCAAGACUCUUCGCGGCAGGCUGGGACGGCGAGCGCGAUUCGUUUGCGUUCCGUACCGAUCUGCUUUGGAUCAAGAUCCAGGAGCUGAGGAGGGACAUUCGGCAUGACGUGCACAUGGAGCAGGACCAUCUAGAGGUACCUGAACCUCCUCAUCUACGUAAUCAGAGGCAUCGAUCGCGCGCGAUUGAUCUUACUGAUGCUGAGUGA